UCCCAUUGUUGGUAGCCAAUAGUGUCACUAUUAUUAGACUCUUUUAGUGGGAAGGUAAAAGAUGAGAAGGUAAUUUAAUAAAAAAAGGAUGAGGAGGUAGCUUUGAGGAUCAUUGAUAUCUUGCUCAUUCUCUGUUGCCUUGUCUCUCUCACACACAAUCAAUCACAGCUUCACACUACAAAAAGGUGAGAUAAAAUUGAAGUAAUUUUCUAAGGCUCAGCUUUCAUCAAGAAAGACAAACAAGGCCCAUAAUUUUGUGCCUUUCACGUUACAUAAAAAAAUAUUACUACUACUAUAAAGACAGCUCCAUUAGAAUGGCGGAUAUUACUAGAACAAGCAAGAUUAUUGCUUCUACACUUAAAACCACCUUGUUUUCUUCUAUUUCCAUUUCCGUGAUUCUUUUUGGUUCCUUCCUUUAGUAGUAGUAUAUUAUUUCAAGAAGCAACCCAGACUAUAAAAAAAACAACUUUUUACUGUUCCUAGUAUUUAUUUAGUAUUUCAAAGCUUCUAUUUUUUGGCUAUGGCUUCUUGUGGGAUAAUUUCUGGGAUUCACACUAAUUUAAAAGCAAUUGAGAAACUGCCGAUUUCUAGUCCAUGCUUCUUCAGGAGUUCUUUUGGUUUGGAACCUAUACAGAGAAUAUGCAUUGCUCCUAAGAGAUUAGCUUUUCCCGAGAGUACAAUUAUUCCAAAAGCAUCCUCAGCUGCAGCUGUUGAGGACGGAAGUUCCCAAGAGACUGCUGUCCCGACGCCAAAAGUCAUAAUAGAUCUGGAUUCGAACCCUGAUGCAACUGUAGUUGAGGUCACCUUUGGUGAUCGCCUUGGAGCUCUUGUUGACACGAUGAGUGCACUAAAAAAUCUUGGACUAAAUGUUGUCAAAGCUAAUGUCUGUCUAGAUUCAUCAGGGAAACAUACUACAUUAUGCAUAACAAAUGCUUCUACUGGUAGGAAGGUCGACGAUCCAGAGCAACUAGAAGCAAUUCGUUUGACAAUUAUCAACAAUAUGAUUGAGUUCCAUCCGGAAUCUAGCGCCCUGUUAGCUAUGGGUGAAGUCUUUGGUGCUUAUCAACCAAAUCAAAAGCUUGAUGUGGACAUAGCAACUCAUAUCCAUGUCUAUGACGAUAGUCCUGAACGGAGCUUACUGUAUGUAGAGGCAGCAGAUCGACCUGGAUUAAUAGUUGAUCUCGUCAAGAUCAUUACUGAAAUAAACAUUGAUGUUGAAUCAGGAGAGUUUGACACUGAGGGAUUGCUAGCUAAGGCAAAGUUUCACGUAAGCUACAAGAACAAAGCUCUCAUCAAGCCCCUUCAACAGGUUCUGGAAAACAGUCUACGCUAUUACUUAAGGAGACCAACAACAGAAGAGUCGAGUUUUUAAUACAGUGCGGAGAAGAUCACCAGUUUGAGAAAGUGAAGAUCAAGAGCGUAACAAAAAAUCAUGAUGACAACUGGAGCUUCCAAAUGAUCGUAUCGAAAUAUUUUACCCUAAGGAUCAAGAGAAAGUCAUUAAAGUUGUUGCUCAUUAUGUAUCGGAUAAAGGAGGAGGUUUGUGAUCGGUUGAAGCAAGCAUACAAUUGUCAUAUGAUGAAUUCUCGAUAUUACCGUUAUCAAAAAUGUUAAAGAAUUGUUACGAAUAGAAUUGUACUUAGAGUAAA